ACACAUAAAUACUCCAUCUUUCCUCUUCACUUCAACUUUAUUUCCUUGAUCAACAUUUCUUUCUAAGACAAUCAUCGUCAGGUCCCCCGCAAAUAUGCACGUCGUCGCUAUCACAAGCUUUGUCGCUGCCCUUAUGGGUACUGUUACUGCCCAGACCAGCUCUGUUGUCAACCUCUACCUUAUGGGAUUUGAUGAUGGUGGUGAUGAUCAAGCUCCGUUCGUUGGUUCUAUUAUUGCUUCCGUAGGUCACGUCAUGAACACUAGAAUCGAACCGCGAAUCCUUUCUAACCAUAUACUCGAUUUUCUAGGACGCUACCGCCACUACGUAUUCAAUUACCUGUGGUUCUACAACCACCACUGCUGCGUCAACCUCGGCCUACUUCGGCUACGAAAACGAUUGCGGUAUUCCAGAUAGCUUUACCUUUACUCAAGGUCCUUCCACAAUCGCAUAUGUGUACACGAUUGAUUAUGCUUUUGACAUUACAAUGACUGAAACUGCUUCCGCCUCUGCACCAACAGGAUCUGGUCAUGCGUAUGUACCUAUUUCACAAAUCACAAAUUUCAAUCCAAGACUAACACCUAUCUAUUUAGUGAAUAUGAAGUAGGCUGCGUCAUCUCCGGUUCCUCUUCCGCUUUCUGCACCGGCAUCAACAUUGAGUCUAGCGGUACAUCGACCAUUUCCUCAGAUGCUAGCACAACCGUCACUGGCACCGACUUCUCAAGUCUCUUAUCCGGCAUCCCUGUUACCAUUACCGCUGGGUUUGCAAGCACUACCAGUUCUGCUACCCCAACUACAUCUGGUGCCUCAGCCACUGGUGUCUCAGCAACUGGUUCAAGCAAAUCCAGCGCGUCUGCUUCAUCGUCUGCUUCGGGCUCUGCUGCUUCUACUGGAGGUAUGCCGAUGAUUACUGCUAAGGCGCAAUGGGUUGUUGGAGGUGCUGCUGCUGCUUUGGUUAUGGCUGCCUUGUAAUUGGAGACUUGCUUUCGUGAUUAUGAGGAGAGUUGAGAAAGAGAUUGAUUGUAAAUCCGCGUGCAUGCUCUAAUUUAGGCGCAUACGCUGGGAUUGUUUCGGCUUCAAUUGCACAUAUACCCUUCAGAAUGGGAUGGAGUUUUAUUAUAAAAUUUGCAGGUAGAUGAGACACGACUUCUGCAUGUUAGCAAUGGAAAGAUACCUACGUAAUGUAUAACUUUGAACGACCUAUUUUUGUCCCUGGAAUUUGCAAUAGUUAAGAUUACUGUCACGUCACGGUCCUAUAAUGAAUUGAUCAAUAUCGGACAUUUGAGUCCAUUGAAUUGAUUAGAAGGGAUUAAUAAU